AAUUAAUUAAGAAAAAUCCACAGAUUUUCCUACUCAUUUCACUCUCAUUCUCCUUCUGCUCUUGUCUCUAUAAAAUUUCAGGUUCUCUUUUGCUAUAAGCUUCAGUGGGUUCAACAGAAAUGGCAACAGUUCAGCCACUUUCAAAUGGGGUUUCUGAGAUUACUCAAGAGAGGUGAACUUGGGAGUGGAUCCAUUGACAAAUGAAGAACUGGAUUACUAAAGAUAAGUGAAAUAUGAAAUGCUUUAAUUUGAGGUGUCAUUCAUAUCAUUUCUCUGAAGAUUUUUCCUUUGAAGACGCCGAGAUUGUAAAAUCUGUAAAUGAACAAACUUCAGAUACUGGACAUAGUAGUAGACGCCCUGAUAUUUCACUUCAAAUACCCCCGAGAACAACAGGCUUUGGUAAAAGCCGUAGUGGAAAAGGUUUAUUGCAAUCUCAAGGUUCCAACAAAGGUGGUUUGUCUCCAGGAAGCUUCUUAAGAGCUUUAAGCUUUAAGAGAAAAGGCAUUGCUCCUGAAGGUGAGAAAAGUACACUCCUAAGUUCAGACCCAAAGACUGCUGCUGAAAGUCCGAUAUCGACGAUUGCUUCAGCCUUUUCGUGGAAAAAGUCCACCUCUCUCCCAGUUACUCCAGCAUCAAAUUUGUCCCCCUUGAUUUCCCUCCCCGCCACAACUAGUACAAUCAUUGAAAACCCAAUCCCACAUAAAGAAGCAGUGCGUGCCGUUUCGAGAUCUCUAUCUGUUCCUGUAAGAAAUAUCGUUAUAGUACGAUCUACAUCUUUUGCUACCCCUAGGCCAAUUUCUGAGGCCAGUGCCAGUUCUGAUCAGGAUGGUUCUGUUACUUUAGAAAAUGAUGAUGAAGAAAUUCCUGAAGAGGAAGCAGUUUGUAGAAUCUGUCUCGAUCCAUGUGAAGAAGAAAACACUCUUAAAAUGGAAUGCAGUUGCAAAGGAGCCCUUAGGCUUGUACAUAAACAUUGUGCAAUAGAAUGGUUUAGUAUAAGAGGAAGCAAGGUGUGUGAAGUUUGUAGGCAGGAAGUACAGAAUUUACCCGUCACACUACUCCGCAUUCCCACCACUGCUCGACAGGACGGAAGACAAUUGCGAAAUCAACUGACGUUUCGUUCGCGGACAGUAAGUGUUUGGCAGGACUUUGUAGUGCUUGUUUUAAUCAGCACAAUAUGCUAUUUCUUCUUCCUUGAGCAGCUUCUGAUUCACGACUUGAAGACUCAAGCUAUCGUUUAUGCUGCACCUUUUGCUCUGGUGUUUGGUCUCACAUCAUCGAUAUUCUCUGUUAUCCUUGCAAUCAGGGAGUACAUAUGGACUUAUGCAGCUCUUGAGUUUGCACUUGUAGCUAUUAUUCUUCAUCUUUUCUAUACUUUGCUGAAACUGAAGGCCAUAUAUGCCAUUUUGCUGUCUGCAAUUUUGGGUUUUGGUGUGGCUAUGAGCUUGAAUGCUGUAUACAUUCAUUACUACAUUUGGCGAGUUCGAAUCGCACAGAAUCCCAACCCAGCAUGACCAAGUUCCAACCACGAUGAGCCCAUCUUCUGAAGAUUCAUUUCAAAACUUCUAAAUUACCAAACAGAAUCUGGUGAAUGAGGAGAAAAAUGCUGGUAGAUCCCACAAAGCAUGACAAUUUUCAGGCAUCUAAUGAGUAAAUAUGAACAUCAUCAUCGUCUUCAAUCGGUAUUCAAAAGUUUUUGCAUUGUAUGCCAAGUUGCAACUGAUGAAGAUGAAAGUAGACUACAUGUAUCAAUGAAACGUUUAUAAUUUUUGUAUAGGAAAAAUGUAUUCCUACAGACGCAAUAUAAAUUGAACGUUUCUUGCUUCUUUGUAAUGUGUAAGAAAAAAGAUUAGUCGUGUAAGAAAAAAAUUAGGACGUGCGAAAGUGAUCUUGAAAAUAAUGAUUUUAGUGAAAAUAAUGAUUUUAGUGAAAAUAAUGAUUAUAAGUGAUUUGUCAAA